AUGAGGAUGGAUAAGAGGUCUCGGAGCUCUUCCAGGGAGUCUCCCAGGAGACGCAGAGAGUCUCCAGCUACUCAGAGCAAACGAGAGAAGAGAGAAAGCAGCAGAGAAGCCAGCAAAGGAAGGGGAGACCCAAAGCAGGACAAAGCCAAAGAGAUCAAGAGCACGGCAGGGGCUGAUGGUAGGGUGCACACAUCCACAGUGGUGGAUGUGGAUGACGUGAUCUCUGAUGAAGAAAUGGAGGCGGUGGCACUGCUGGACAGCGAGCGGCAGGAGGAAGGUGUAAAGUCUCCAGGCCUGGGCAUCUGUGAGUGGCUUCUGACCAUCUUAUCUUUCCUGUUCAUCAUAAUGACCUUCCCCAUUUCUGUCUGGUUCUGCAUGAAGGUAGUGCGGGAGUACGAGCGAGCCAUCGUUUUCCGGCUUGGGCAUCUCCUUCCCGGCAGAGCCAGAGGGCCUGGCCUUUUCUUUUUCCUUCCCUGUCUGGACACAUAUCACAAAGUAGACCUCCGCCUUAAAACCCUAGAGAUCCCCUUCCAUCAGGUGGUGACCAAAGACAUGGUUACCUUGGAGAUAGAUGCUGUCUGCUACUACCGGUUGGAGAACGCCUCUCUUCUCCUCACCACCCUGAGCAGCAUCUCCAGCGCCAUUCAGUUGCUGGUGCAGACCACCACCAAGCGCCUGCUGGCACAUCGAGCCUUCUCUGAACUUCUCCUGGAGAGGAAGAGUAUCAGCCAGGAAAUAAAGGUGGCUUUGGAUGCGGUCACAGGCUGCUGGGGGAUCAAAGUGGAGAGAACAGAAAUCAACACUGUGCAGCUGCCUGCUGAAGUCCAGCAGUCCCUGGCUGUGGAAGCAGAGGCCCAGAGACAGGCCAAAGCACGGGUAAUCGCUGCUGAGGGGGAAAAGGCUGCUUCCGAGUCCCUGCGGGUGGCAGCAGAGAUCCUGUCCCAUGCCCCGGCUGCUGCCCAGCUCCGGUACCUCCACGCACUGCACUCCCUCACUGCAGAGAAACCUGCUGCUUUCAUCCUGCCCUUGCCUUUGGAUGCCAUGAACCUAUUCUCUCCAGCUACCCACAGCCCUCCGCCAGCGAGCAGCCUCCUCCCAGACACCACCAAGCUCCCGGAGAGCCCGCAGGACAAGAAAGACUCGCCCAUGCUCUAA